ACAUCUACCCUUCUCUUUGCUUCUUCCUCUUUCCAUUAAAAACUCUCUUUCAAACAAAAACAAAAAAAAACUCAAAAACAACAUCAAUGGCGAAUUCAGAUUCCUACUCCUCCUCUACACCACCACCACCAGUAGUAGUACCUAACGAAGAAGAAGACAACAACAACAACAACAACGAGAGAAUAAUCUCAACUCACCAUCACCAGACCAUGCCUUCCGAGUUAACUCAAGAAGAGUUCGCCGUACUCUCCAACUCAAUCGUCGAGUUCCACACGUACCAACUCGGUCGAGGUCGGUGCUCCUCCCUCUUAGCUCAGCGGAUCAACGCGCCUCCGGAAACAGUCUGGUCCGUGGUGAGAAGGUUCGACCGGCCUCAGAUUUACAAACACUUCAUCAAAAGCUGCCACGUAGACGAAGGUUUCGAGAUGCGAGUGGGAUCCACGCGCGACGUGAACGUGAUCAGCGGUCUACCGGCGAACACGUCGAGGGAGAGGUUAGAUCUGCUGGACGAUGAUCGGAGAGUGACUGGGUUUAGUAUCACCGGAGGUGAGCAUAGGCUGAGGAACUACAAAUCGGUGACGACGGUUCAUAGGUUCGAGAAAGAGAGAGAACGGAUCUGGACCGUUGUUUUGGAAUCGUACGUCGUGGAUGUGCCGGAAGGUAACUCGGAGGAAGACACACGUUUGUUUGCUGAUACGGUCAUUAGAUUGAAUCUUCAGAAACUUGCUUCCAUUACUGAAGCUAUGAAUCGUAACAACAACAACAACAACAACAACUCCGGUGACGGAACAAACUCUUCUUCUUCUUCUUCAUUUCAGAGAAUCUUAAGUGGGACGAUCCUACAACCAUCAUGAGACAACAACACUUCAAAGACUUUGGUUGCAUAAAAAUCUAUUUCAAUAUGGUUGGACGACGAGAAAGUAUGGGAUUUUUGGAGCCACUCCUUUUUUUAUUAUCUGCAAAUUGUGGGAGCCACGUUCCAUUUUCUAGUACACCAGUACUAUUACUUUUUUUUUUUAACAAGUGUUUUGUUUUGGGAAACUUAUGCUUAUUUAUUAGUUUUCAUUUUCCUAAUUUGGUU